AUGGCGCGCAACCUUACUGAGGUCCGUAACUGGAAUGCGAACUUGAAGACUGCCCGCCCCGAGCUGGUGGCGCUCUUCGUUGGCGGUACUAGCGGCAUCGGAAGAAACACCGCCAUCAAGCUGGCUGGUGCUGUCGCUACCCCAACUAUUUUCAUCGUUGGCCGCAGUGAGAGUGCUGGCGCUGAAGUCUUGGAGGAGUUGAAAGCAGCCAACAAGAAUGGCACCUACUCCUUCCACUCUGCCGAUAUGUCCCACCUUCGCAAUGUGGAUGACCUCUGUCAGAAGUUGAAAUCGGACAUGCCAGCUCUGGAUCUCCUCUUUUUGUCCUCUGGAAAUCUUGCAUUCAGCAAGCAAGAGGGCGAUGGAAACAUCGAUGUCAACCAUAUUAUCCGUUACUACAGUCGCAUGCGCUUUGUUCAAAAGCUUCUUCCCGCUCUCGAGGCUUCAAGGUCUCCUCGCGUUGUCAGCGUCCUCGCCGGCGGUAAGGAGAUCAUGAUCGAGGAAGACAACCUCGACCUCAAGAAGAGCUAUUCUUUUGGCGCAAGUGCCAGCUAUGGGGCAACUAUGACUUCCGCCGCAUUCGAGAAACUCGCAGUGGAUUACCCUUCCAUCAGCUUCAUGCAUGUCUUCCCCGGAAUUGUGUCAACACCACUGUUUAAGAAGUUCUUGGGGUCUAUUAUGGGCACGGUCGUGGGAUUCCUGAGCAAGCCUUUGUCUAUGUCAGCUUCGGAGAGUGGAGAGUGGCACACGUAUCUCUCUACUGCUGAAGCGUUCAAGUCUAAGAAUGCUUCCGGUAACGGUUCUUAUAUCUUGAACUACGAUGGGAAGGAUUUGACCAACGAUGCGAUCAUGGCUGAGCUUCGGGAAAAGGACUUCCCGACUAAGGUUUGGAAUCAUACCCUUGAUACCUUUGAAAGGAUUGUUUAG